AUGACCCUGACAGGCCGGAGACCUCCAGUGCGAAGAGCUCUUUCCAUUGCCGUGGGCUAUGAGCACCUUGCAAAAGUCUCGGGCGAUCCGUUACUCGAGCUUCCCGGCACGCACCAGGAUCCGUAUAUCCUGCGUAAACUGCUGGUCGAUUUGUUCCAUUACAGAGCAGAAGACGUGAACAUCAUGAUCGACGACGGGAAGCACAUGCGCCCUACGAAACACAAUAUUCUCCGAGCGAUGCGGCAAUUGGUAGCAGAUGCGCAACCCGGAGAUCAUUUCUUCUUCCACUUUUCCGGACAUGGUUCGCAGAUACCUAAUCUCAAUGGCACGGAGAAGGAUGGCUUCGAUGAAGGCAUGCUUGAUUCGGCAUUUGCAGUUAUAUGGCCCUGCGAUGUGCGCUACAGAGGCGAUGGAAAAUGCACUAACUAUAUCAUGGAUGAUUGGAUUCAUCAAAUCCUCGUGGAUCAGGUCCCGCAUGGCGCGCACGUCAUGAUGGUGUUCGAUUGCUGCCAUUCAGGCACUGCUGCAGACCUGCCUUACACCAGUGAUGACUUCAGGCCACCAUCCCCUCUGAUUCUUGCACCAAUAUCUACUACUGCCUCGCCCCACAAUUCCAAAAGCAUCCGCGUACGGGGCACCCACCACGGUAAUGAUUCACCAGCCGGCGGACCAAGGAAGACGGUACAAAGACGAUAUCCAGUGGACCCCAUGGUGGAUGUUACAUCGUGGUCUGCCUGCGAAGACAAUCAGAGAACCUAUGGGGAUAACAAGGGUGGUUUGUUCGUUCGCAUGUUCAAUAGAGUUCUACGACAUCAUCCGCAUGCGACACAUGGUGACGUUCUGCGUGCUGUGACACGAGGAAUCGAGAAGAUGAUUGUCAAGGCUAGGGAGGUCUCUCCUCCAGAUAGCCCGCUCUUCACGCCACACCCGGAGCUGUCCUCGGAAGAAAAAUUGGACACGGUCUGGUAUAGGCCCGUCGUUGAUGAUGCAGAUGACUCGGACUCAUGA